GAGUUUAGAAAGUUAAAACGUGCGUGAUUCUCGAACGUGAUCUUAAUGCCAAUCUCUACGUCUCCUGCUCCCGGCGUCUUCCCGUGCUUCUCGGGAGAAGGCAAACAGAUUAUUUCAGGGAGUAUUUGGCGCUUAUUAAAACGGCACGUACGCCCGCCUUCAAAAGAAUCUGGAUUUACUGCAGGUUGCUCAUGUGUCGCAUGCGGACAUUUGCAGCGAACAGAUUUCUCAUCGCCGCCAACACUGAAUGGCUUCCAGCGCUAAAAAAACCCCCCUUACGCCCAUUGUAAAAGGUAGGAAACCGUGCAAUCCGUACACCGAUUUGGCAGAAGAAGCGCUCGUCGGUGCCAAGAUUUGGUUGCCGACCCUACAGUUUGUUAUUAUAUAUUUUUUUUAAGCUAUUAAUUGAUUCGCAAAGAGCAUCUUUUGGAUUAAAAAAGCCGGGGAUUCAGACAGGCUGGCACAGGCUGGAGCGCGGCCAAGCUGCUCGGGGAGGCUGCCGAGGAGAAGGAGAAAAAAAGGAGGAAAAAAAAGGCAAGACUUGGCACGGCUCAGUCAAAUGAGCUCCUUUUGUCUGCUCUCUCGGCUUGAGCUUCGGGAAAGAAAAACCGGCCUGGGCUACAGCAAAACUCCCAACUUUUUGGGUUUUCCAACUUCGACUGCUUUUUAAGCCGCUCGGGCUGGUUGAAAGUGGUGGGACGUUAAAUGACGUUGGGUUAGCGGUGGCGAGAGAAAUAAAAGACUUGAAUGAAGCUUCAGUUUGUACACGUGGGAAAUACAAUAUUUGCUUAUUUCUUUUUUUAAUAUCUCUGAAUAAACUCUAAGGGAACCGUUUAUCGUGCAGGAUGACAGAGGGACUACCUAAAUCAAAGGGAGAAUUGUCAUUUUUUGCAACAACAACAAAGUUUAUCGACGUGAAUCUGCUUUAAAACCCAACCUCACCUCCUUCGGAAUAUGUUCAGAAUGGGAAUUUCGGCUAUAUGCUCCAGAUGCGAACUUUUAAUGGAACCUCCUUAAAGAUUUCGGCUCACCCAGCAAUGAAUUAAGAGUAGAGAGAAAGUUGUGACAUCUUAAUAUAAAAGUGAGUAUGUCCGUAUUUAUUUUUGCUGCUUUGCUGUCCAGUUAUUACUGCCAACACCGACAAGCAGAGCGAACCGAAAACACCCAAAGGGCAAAGUUAAUAAAUCAAAGCACGAUUCUACUUGUCUAAAACAUUUAUUCCAGUGCAUCUUGCAUGUGAAACUGCUGCAUGUUCUACUUUGAAAGACGAGAUGGAUAAAUAUUGACUUCUGCCAAGCGAGGAAUGUUUCGAGAUGACGUGGGUUUGAACUGCUGACACUGGGUAUAGAAACUUGCAUGUGUAGUUGCAAUACCUGUUUGCUGGAGAUGGUGAAAAUUCAAACCCUGCUCUUUUCUCCUGCGUGGAUUAAAAACCACAACAAUCCGUGGCGAUUGCAGCGUGGAUGUCUCGUGAAUUCAGUCAAAUUAACGACCGAAAACUCCAUUGUUUGAUUUCUGCUGGCUUUGCAGUGGGGCAGGUGCCUUAUUUUGAUUUUCUAGCAUGCUGCCUAUUAGGCCUGGAUGUGCUUGGAUUAUAACGCGGCUACUGUGACCAUCAGCUUCAUUAUUUCAGAGAGUAACUGUAAAGCAUAGAUUUUUAUGGAUCGUCUUCACUUCUACUGUAAAGACAGAAAGAAAAUCUCGCAGGAGUUCUUCAGAGAAAAAGCAGCAAAACUUCUAUGUGGAGAUGAAAAUGGAUGGAGGAUAAACAUCAUGUCAAUGGAAACAGAAUGGUAGAACCUUUCCCAGAGGGAACACAGAUGGCUGUAUUUGGUAUGGGCUGUUUCUGGGGAGCCGAGAGGAAGUUUUGGAGGCAGAAGGGAGUUUACUCCACUCAAGUGGGUUACGCAGGAGGAUACACUCCAAAUCCUACCUACAAAGAGGUCUGCUCAGGUAAAACUGGCCACGCGGAGGUUGUACGAGUGGUUUAUCAGCCAGAAAACAUCAGCUUUGAGAAACUGCUCAAGGUCUUCUGGGAGAAUCAUGACCCGACACAAGGAAUGCGACAGGGUAAUGACAUUGGCACCCAGUAUCGCUCGGCCAUCUACACGUUUUCUCAGGAACAGAUGGACGCUGCCUUGAGAUCUAAGGAAGAAUAUCAAAAGGUAUUGACGGAGGGCGGCUUCGGACCCAUCACAACAGAAAUCCGGGAGGCUCCGGAGUUUUAUUACGCCGAAGAUUACCAUCAGCAGUAUCUCAGCAAGAACCCCGGCGGAUACUGUGGCCUCGGGGGAACGGGGCUUUCCUGCCCUGUUGGCGUCAAGCAAUAGCCUGUGCUGACUCCAUCACCUCCACUUCGGUUGACGAAGACGCUUGAGAGAAGACCGACAACCCUGAUAGGUGUUACCGUACAGCAUCAGCGCAUAGAGAUUUGGGAACCCUUUGGGGUGGCUUUCCUUAAUGUGAGCGCUUUCCCAUUCACCAAAAGCCAAAGUAGAGGCAGAAAUUGCACCUGUUGGCAAAUGGAGCUUCUUGGCCUGUGCAGCUCACAGAGCUUCUUUGCAAUCUUGUAAUCUGGAGAGACAAUAAAUUUUUAUAAAGUUUGGCUUGAAGUGCUGUUAAAAGGAUGAAUUAGGGGGGUGGUUGCACCUGAUUUGCAUAACUAAUGCUUUCAGACACGUUAAUUUUCUUGGGUUAAUUAAUUUGCUUGUGUUACGAGAGCUUUGACUUCUGGAGACAUGGUUGGGCUCAUCUUAACUAUCACAACCCGGUAAUUUGAUGUCUCUGAGAACAGUGAAUUUAUAAGAUCAGUAACUCUCUCGCAAUUCCGCUUUCACAGCAACACGUAAUAUUGCCUAUAGUGCCUAUUUUCUGAAACAAUUUUAGUAAGAAAAAAUAAAAAUUGUAAUGUGAUGCUUCUUUUUGACAGUUCCAAAAUUGUAUCAACACAGAAAGAAAUCAAUUUUGUUCCCUGCACUGCAAUAAAUUACAAAAACAGAGAAGAAAAA